AUUAACUUCACACAUGAGAUCAUAUGGAACUCAAGGCAUUUUAUUUAUUAUUCUUAGAUGCAUCCUGGCCACUGACAUGACGAGGCAUAACGAGGUCCAGUUGAAAGCCUGGGGAUCUUCCCAACUGUAUUAAAGUGAUGGUUAUGUCCCCCGUCUCCUUCCAGCUGAUAAUGAUCAUGAAGAAAGUGAGUGACUUCAACGAGACACGGCCCAUGGACGUGGCCGAGCCCUGGUUGGACUGCCUCCUGCAGGAGGAGUUCUACAACCAGAGUGACAUGGAGAAGUUGGAGGGUCUUCCUGUGACUCCAUACAGGGACAAGGUGACCAAAGCCAUCCUCUCAGACAAGCUUCAUUGGCUCUGUCCAAUUACCUUUUCAUGGAGCUGGCCAACCUCUUCCCCUGACUGGAGGUAAGAUCUCCGUCUCCGCUGUAGCGGCACGUCAUAAACCCGGUGCGUAAAGGCCCUAGACUACUACACAGAGAUGGAGAAAGCACCAGAGAGAGAGAAACUGAUCUGAGCACCAAGCGACAAGGCAGCCGCAGCCAAGAACAAGGAUACUACACUUCAGAACCCUCAGAACACAGCAUAGUGUACUUAGAUAGUCCAUCAGAGACUGGGAACACCUAGAAACCAGCCACAUUGUGACGGCCUGCUGAUAGGCUAGUCUACAGUAUGAUCAGGAGUAACCAACCAAACAAUAGAAAGGAUAUUACUGUGACAUUACUGACUGUGUCACAAAUAGGGCUUUGUGUUGUGUGAAUUGAAGCACUUUACUAAUAUGGCUCCUUUGGUCUUUGUAGAAAAGAGGUAUUCACAGUCUUGUUACAGGACUUUUGUCUGCUGUUUUUUGCUACAUGUUAUUUACUGCAUAUAUUCAGUAUUUCAAAAUAUUUGUAUAUUAAGAAUGGUUAAAUACACUAUGACAUUCAAGACAUCCUGAAGAAUCAGCGUGCAGUUUUUUUAUUUAGUGCUAUGCUUAAACAAAGCACCAGAGGUGCAGUUGUCUUUGAAAAAUCGGGAUAAAAGGUACAUGGAUUUGUCUUCACUGAAUGUAGACGUGGAUGUUUUCCAUGCUGAUAAUGAAGGGUGGUAAAAGAUGGUUCGGAAAUUGUAUUUCACCUUUAUUUAACCAGGUAGGCCAGUUGAGAAAUAUGAUCUAUAUAAAACAAUUUUGCUUGUAUUUUACUUUUAGAUUGAGGU